GAGAGCGAGCAAGCCGGUAGGAUCAAAAAAGUACGUCAGACCCGUUUAUGCUUUCUUUCUUACGAAAACUCACUUCAAUUAAAGUUUAAUUAAAAAGAGACCUUAUUAAUUUUUUCCGGGUGGGUUAAUUACUGUAAUAGAAGAUACUUUUGCUACUUAUAAAUUGUGAGUUUGUUCGCCAAGUAAAUUUAAAGUUUAAAAUUUCACAAAAAAUAGGCAAAAUCUUGGCCAAAUAAAUAAUGAAGUGUCAAAAAAAUCAAUACUCUUAAAAAGUAAUCGAUAUCCGAUAUUUUGGGUCAAUCAACGUUAAAGAAGCUGUGCUGUGAAAGUGUGAGGUAGAAAAGAUGGAGAAAGGGGACAGUGAAAAGCCGGAAAACAGCGAGAUUGGGAACCCCGUGUACUGUUCGUACGAGGAGGGCCAGUUCAUUUACAAGGACCCAGCCACGUCGAACCAAUUCAUAUGGAGAGAGGAGGAGCAGAAGUGGAUUCCCAAGACGGUCAUGGGGGGCGCGUCACAGGUCAACUACGACCCAGAGACCCACACGUACAACUACUCCGACAACGACGGCACGACCUUCGAGUGGGACCCAAAUAAAGGAGCAUGGUUCCCCAAGGACAAAGAUCAAGAGGCGGACGAUAUAACUACUGGGAACAACGUAAACAUUUCACCUUCAUCAUCUAUCGACCCAUCAACUCCCCCACCCUCGUCCGGUUUCAAUAAUCCCAAUUAUGACAACUCGUUACAAAACAAUCAAAAUUCUUCAGAAACCAGAAACUCGAGGCGGUUUUUUUACGCUGCGUUAAGUCCGACCGACAUGGGAGUUAAUGAGCCUGUUCUUUUCCUUUCACCGGAUGACCAAGUUAACAACAAUUCGACAAUUCCACCAGAAGCGGUGGGAGUGGGAGUAGGACUCUCUGCCAACAAUGUAAUUUCUUCUUCUGCUGCUGCCAACAACUCGACUGCUUCCACAACUUCAAAAAUAACGACUGUUGCGUUACCGGCCGGUUGGGAAAAACAUGACGAUGCAAAUGGACCAUAUUACUGGCACAUAAAAUCAGGCACGAUUCAGAGGGAUCCUCCAACGCAGCAGAGUAUUUCGAAUUCGAAUCCUGCCCUUCUUAUUCCGGGCAGUUUGCAGCAAUCCUCUGUUACACCAUUCCGAAGGAGUCAGACCAUUUCGAGUCAAUUGUCCACUUCUUCCUCUGUAGCUCCGCACAAUAAUUCCAAUAAUUCUGGAAAUAGUACUAAUGUAGCUGAAAAGAGGAAAUCCUGGUCUCAAUACUUAGAAAAUAGUGAACACUCACAUUCCUUUAGUAGUCAUUCAUCACACGUGCCAUUAAGUCAGCAAGAUCAGAACGACAAGGACGACAAACCAUUACGUUUCGUCGCCGUGUCGCUGGGAUGCUUGAGCAUUUCGGAGGAAGAUUUAACUCCAGAGAGAAGCUCGAGAGCGGUGUCGAAAGUCAUUGCAGAGCUGACUAAUCCAAACUCAAAGAUUGGGAGUGCUGGAUUGGAAGUUGCGGGGAAAAUAUGGGGAGGAGGAAAUGAGCUUUUUUUGAAGACGUAUGUAUUGGAAUUAGACGAUUCUCAUUUGCGUGUCAAAGUGAAGGAGCGAAUUCUUACCGUCUUAGAACAACCCAUUCAUUCAAUACGCGUGUGGGGUGUAGGUCGUGAAGAUCCAAGAGACUUUGCAUUCGUCGCACGAGAAAAACAAACUCGGCAGUUUUUAUGCCAUGUAUUCAGGUUAGAAAUGUAUGCCAGACCGCUGGCAAAUUCACUUCGAGAUGCUUGUAAAAAGAUAAUGAUCGAAAGACAAGCCAAGCAGAAAAGGCCGACCACGUUGCCAACAUCAUUAAGGAGUUGUAAAACAUCGAGUUCAUCCGGCCCAACAUUCUUUCCAACGCCGAUGGACGAGCCGAGAAAAGUUAUCAAGGCUUACUACAUGGGGUCCAAAGUUGUUAUGAAACCGACCGGAAUGGAAACUUUGAAUGCCGCUAUUGAUGCUUUAGGAGGAAAGGAGCCUAUUCCUGUUCAAGUCUCUGUUGCUCCAUCCGUGAUAAAAAUAACUUCAGAAGAAAGUGACACUCCAAACAUCGACUUGGAAGUUCGAGUCCGCUUUCUCUCUUUUUUGGGGAUCGGGGCGGAUGUGAAAACAUGCGGAAUAAUUGUUCACACGGCGAAGGAUGAUUUUGAGGCUCACUGCUUUUACAGCAACCCAUCCACUGGUGCGCUGUGUAAGGCCGUUGAGGCAGCGUGUGUUCUGCGCUAUCAGAAAUGCUUGGAUGCACAUCAUGCUCCAGCAGGGGCAGGUCAAUCAGGCCAUUCCUCUGGGGGUUCAACAGCUUCAAUCACAUCCCCAAAAACUACUGCAGCUAAUCUUGCUUCUGCUCUCAAAACGGUUUUUGCAUCUUUUGGAAAGGCGAAAAGUGAAGAGAAAUGAAUAAGUGAUGGGAAACAAUGCAUAUUCAUAUUAUUACCUGUCGUCGUUAUUAUUAGGAUUAGUUAUACCCUUAGAUGAAUAGAACUGCAUUCGAUAUGUAAGGAAAUGGAUAUUAGCCACAAUAAUCGCAUGACAUUGAUAUACUUGUUACUUACAUACAUACACAUAAUAGACUGUUAUUUGCCAUUUUACUUUAUUCGCGCAACGCUGGUAUACGUAUGUACGUGUCGUCGCCAUAAGCCAUAAUAGCCAUAUCUGAUCUACGUCAAACAACAUCCUUAUAUAUAUUUUACUUAUUAGUUACAAACUACGUAUUACAAAUAGAUCUGAUUUAUGGUCUCGUCUGAUAUAUAUUUUACUAUAACCGUAACCUUUCCAAUUUACCAUUGUUAAAGCUGGAUGAAGAAUUUUUGGCAAGAUACAAUAUAAACUACGGAACCCCUUACGUCCCUCCACCUCCCAAA